AAAUAAUUAGAAGUUUAAAGAAUAUGAUUUCCUCUCUUUUAGCAUUUCUGUUUUAACAUUUUCUUAAUUACACUUUAACACGUACGUGCAAUUUGCAAUCAAGAAAAUGUCAUUUUCACUGACAUUUUUAUCAAUCCUUUCAAAACGCAUAUUUUUCGGAUGUUGCGAAAAUUUCACGGUCGACGCACAUUUCAGAUGUAGCAAUCAGUGUAUGUGGCACAGCGUAUCUCAGAACUUUCACUUUACAAGGGGAAAGAACUGGAAGUAGUAGGGGAACUAAGAAAUUUAGACUGAGUUCUGAUACGAAUCUAGAAGCGUACAGCGAUCAGUAUUAUCUUGUAAUAUUUGUUAAAUUGAUUAGUAAUUGGUUAAAGAUAACGAUUAAUAAUUGUUUCACAUCAAAAGAAACUUUAAUUUUACACUAUUUUCAAAAUUUCUUACUAUUAAACAAGAAAAGAAAUUUCACAUCUGGUCAUUAAUCAUGGCGAGUUUUACCUCUAGGCUGACGAUGAUAGCGUUAACAAUAGUCGCUAUCUGUUUUUUCACUCUAAUCGAUGAAAGUACAGCUGUACUCGCGGAACCUCAAGCACCUAAUUUUCAAUAUUUCGAACGACCAAAAUAUCGCUACCCCUUUUACGAUGAAAAUGGCAAAGGAAAACUGCUCUACGGAUAUGGUGGGCCAGAAUUGUAUCAGUAUAAAACUUAUAGUGUUCUUGAAGGAAUUCAUUAAAUGAUCAUUUUAAAUUCUUAGAAAAUUGAAUAUAAAAUAUCUGUAUACAUAUAACGUAACAUAUAUAGACAUGGUGUGAUUAAUUCAUUAAUAUACUCAUGAAACAUUAAUUCAAAUAUAUCUGUAUAAUAUAACACACGAGUAUCUUUUCGAUGGCACAAUUGAAUUAUGUUACUCGAAUAUAAAUUAGCUAUUAUAUAUGCUACUUGGGGAAAUAGUACAUUCGUUGUUGGUGCAAUUUGCAUUAUAUUACCUUGCUAUCGAAAGGAUACGUUCGCAAUCGUGGAAUUAAUAAGGAACAUUGUAAGAGCAUUUAUUUUCGCCGAUUACAACUGUAUAAUAAAUGCAAUCGAUUUGUGUAUGGCUGGUUUUAAUUACAAUGUGUUUACCUCUGACUUAUUUUUUACUCGGUAAAAUGCUGUAUGAUUCGCUUCUCCUUUAACGUGAAUUGACUGACAAUAAAGGAAAUGGUAAAAUACUUGUUGCUGAGUGAGUUUUAAAAACUGUUACAAUAUUUAGAAAAAGGUGUAAGAUAGAAUGAUUCAGUGCAAACAUUGCUUUGGACUGCAGUCUCUAAGACUAUAUUACAGACAGAAUAUAUCAUUAAGUCAUUGAUCUAAAAAACGUGCAUGGAAUGUGCAGUAGCCACGCUAUUAUCUAUGAAAUGGUGACUUAUAGUCUCUUUGUAGAUACAAUAAUCAAAUAUAGUCUAAAAUAGCUACAGU